AAGACGUGGAAUUGGUCUAUAUCGACGAACCAGUCUUCCACAAGUCGUUGCGCAUCGAAAGUCAUCUUCAGGAACCACUCCGGUCAGAACUUAUCUCGUUUCUCAAACAGAAUCCCGAUGUUUUUGCCUGGAAUCACGAGGAUAUGAAGGGCAUCGACCCCGGUGUCGCUAGCCACAAACUAAACCUCGAUCGAACUGUCCGGCCUGUUGUACAAAAGAGAAGGAAACUGGGGCCGGAUCGUCAGAAGGCAUUGGAAGAAGAAGUCAAAAAACUCAUCGACAAUAAGUUCAUCAAGGAAGCCCAAUACCCGACGUGGGUCUCAAAUCCUGUUCUUGUCAAAAAGAGCAACGGGUUAUGGAGGUUGUGUAUUGAUUUUUCCGACCUCAAUAAGGCAUGCCCAAAGGACAGUUAUCCACUUCCUCACAUAGAUUAUAUGGUUGAUGCCACGUCGGGACAUGAGUUGAUGAGUUUCAUGGACGCUUACUCCGGCUACAAUCAGAUUCCGAUGGAUCCCGAGGACUCUGAACACACUUCAUUCUAUUCGACCCGAGGUCUGUAUUGUUAUACUAUGAUGCCGUUCGGACUAAAGAACGCCGGAGCCACAUAUCAAC